GGGCGUCGGGAGCUUUGUGCACGAGCGGCUCCUUGGAGAUCCCGAGGCUCCUCUCCGCGCGUCCUAACGGAGCGGGGAAAGUUCUGCCCCAGAAACUUGGAGCGGUGGGCGCUCUGGGAGCGUGCGUUGGGGUGGGGCGAGGGCUGUCGGGUUUCGCUGUAGGGGUGGGGCGGAGAGGUCGGGGGACGCGGCUGAGAGAGAACGCAGGAGUGGGCGAGGGAGGGUCCCCGGCUGUCAGCGUGGGGCGCGCGGACAGGCAAGUCCCGGAGACCGGCGACGCCCCCGCCACUGAAGUUGUGUUUGGAAGCACUUUCAACAUGGGCCGGGUGAAAAGAGAAACAGAUUGAUUUUUACUUUUAAAGGGACUUGAGAAAUGACUUGCUUUUUUUUGAGAAAUGAAAGCAAUUUGCGAUGUCAAGGCCGAGUAGCUUGAGCUUUCCAGGUUGGCCGUGUGUGGCUUGGCUGACGGGAGAGUGAGUGACAGAUGUAAGGAUCGUUUAGGGCAUCGUCUCUUUGACUGCUUGUUCUUAAAUCUGGAAAAGAUCGGGGUCGUGAUCACAGAAGCCAGACCUCCACUUUCCAGUGACAGAGGGAGAUUACCGAGGCAUUUUAGUGCCAAGGCGGGUCAAGUGAUAAUUGCUUCUAAUUGGCAUCCCCAGAAGCACCUUAAUUAUUUAUCUGUCACUCAACGAGCAAAAUUCUUCCUGCCUUUGGAAAACUGAUUUUAUUUCAAUUUUGUCGUUCUAAUACGUACAGACCAAAGCCUGACAUCAGCGAACGCAAAGAUAUUUACAUGAAACGUUGUUUGCAAAGUAACUUCGAAUUAUUAAAGUGUUGUUGUGUCAUCUUAGAAAAUGAGGUCUGAAAAACAGAAGAUGUGUCAUGUGAAAGGCGAAACCCGUUGAAAAGGGGUGGGAAUGAGGGGGACAGUGAAUUCAGAAAUAAGAUCCAGAAGUGAGAAGGUGAGGUAAUAAGAACCCGGUGUGUGCAACAUUUCUAAAAUGAAGGAGAACAAAUAGCAGGAACCUGGAGAAUUUGAGAACAGAAAGAAGCGUAGUCUCCAUGAAUUAUGAAGAGAAACAGAUACAAACUAGAAAGGAUCGUAAAAAUUACGUGACAAAAUAUUGGUUGGUUGAGCUUUCAAUAUAAAAUAUCUCUUCAUUAGGAAACUCACGAUGGAUUGCAGCUUCUAGAGCGUUAAGCUUAGAUUGAAGGCUGAGAGAGAUUCACCUACAGUUUCAUUUUCAAAGUAAAACAUUUCCCUCGUAGUUGAUCUCAUUUUAAUUUCCCUACCAAUGGCGUAUUUAAUCCGGGGCAUUCUUUUGGAAGAUUAGUCUGCAAAACAUUAAAAUUUGUCGGUUUUUUUCCUGUUGUGAGAUAUGACUAAUUGAAGUUUGGAAAUAGAUAACUUCUGUUUACUUUAAACAUUGCGUCUAGGGACAACAGUUUGACGUGACGACUAUAUCUGUUCGAUAGUGUGCUAAGCAUGGCCUUUAUUUUAAAAUAGCUUUGCCUUGUUCACUGUGUCUGAUGGAGAGAGGCGGGGUGAUGCUAUUCGGGAUUAGAUGACUUUGAAGAAACGUUUAUGAGUGGAACUAGGCAGUACUAAUAGCUCACUUCUCACCCUGACUGCCCAUGAUUAUUUCACUGGGAAACCAAAUAAAAGUCUAGGGGCGGUUUUGCCAAUGGAUUUGGCAUCUGGAUAAUCCUGAAAAUUUAAAAAAAAAAAAAAAGCGGGGCAUGAUUUCUACCUGAAAAAAGGCAAAGUACUAGCUCUGUGAUUAGAUCGAAUUCUCCAACAACAACAUCUCAAAUUAUGGCAAGAAAGAAAAGGAGAGGGAUAAUAGAGAAAAGGCGUCGAGAUCGGAUAAAUAACAGUUUAUCUGAGUUGAGACGGCUGGUGCCAACCGCUUUUGAAAAACAAGGAUCUGCAAAGUUAGAAAAGGCUGAAAUAUUACAAAUGACAGUGGAUCAUUUGAAGAUGCUUCAGGCAACCGGGGGUAAAGGCUACUUUGAUGCACAUGCUCUUGCCAUGGACUUCAUGAGCAUCGGGUUCCGAGAGUGCCUAACAGAGGUGGCGCGGUACCUGAGCUCGGUGGAGGGCCUGGACUCCUCGGAUCCACUGCGCGUGCGCUUGGUCUCUCAUCUCAGCACGUGUGCCUCGCAGCGGGAGGCGGCGGCCAUGACCUCCUCCUUGGCCCACCACCAUCACCCCCUCCAUCCGCACCACUGGGCAGCGGCCUUCCACCAUCUCCCCGCAGCCCUGCUCCAACCCAACGGACUCCAUGCGGCGGAGUCAACGCCUUGCCGCCUGUCCACCACUUCAGAAGUGCCUCCUGCCCACGGCUCCGCUCUCCUCACGGCCACCUUUGCCCACGCAGAUUCUGCCCUUCGGAUGCCAUCGACGGGCAGUGUCGCCCCCUGCGUGCCACCUCUCUCCACCUCUCUCUUGUCCCUCUCAGCCACUGUCCAUGCGGCCGCUGCAGCAGCCACGGCAGCUGCGCACAGCUUCCCGCUGUCCUUCGCAGGGGCCUUCCCCAUGCUCCCCCCAAAUGCAGCUGCAGCGGUGGCAGCGGCCACCGCCCUGAGCCCUCCCUUGUCGGUUUCAGCCACGUCCAGUCCUCAGCAGACAAGCAGUGGAACAAACAGUAAACCUUACCGACCGUGGGGGACAGAAGUGGGAGCUUUUUAAGUUUUCAUUGGACUUCUUGCAGUAGUAACUGAAUGUCCUUCAUUUCUGAGUCAGCUUAAACCCUCUGCACCCCGAAAGUAGCCAUACAGAUGUCUACAGAUCCACAAAGGAGCAAUAAAGCUAUUUGAGACACAAACCUCACAAGUGGAAAUGUGGUAUUAUCUUUUUUCUCCUUUUUUGUUUAAGGCAGCUUGGUAACUGACAUCAGCAACUUCUGAAAACUUCACCCUUGUUUCCAUUUAAAAGUUUCCUGGAAAACAUAUGGACCGUUCCAUCCAGCAGUGCAUCAGUAUGUGUGAUUGGGAAGGAAAAUGCCCUGACUGAAUUCUCUUGAAACUAGAUGGAAAAAAAUUCGUGUUUCAUAAGUGCCUGAGCUAGUAAAGUUUUCUUCUGAACAUAUAACAUUGCACAAGUAAAGAAGAGCAUAGAGGUUAGGUUAAGAAAGGAAAGGGACAAGCGUCUUGCAUUAGGCUGCAGACAUUUUAAUACAAUGCCAGAGAUGAGUACUUUGUUGAAACCAACAGGUUUUUAUUGGCCAAAAGGAUUGCUGAAAAUAAUUUUCAACUUGAAAGACCUAGUUUUAUCCUAGUUUGCUUUCUCUGUUCAGACUUGCCAAGUGGCAGGUGACAUUUAGCAAUGCAUUGGUAUAAGCAAUUAUUCCAUCAAUGCUCAGAUUAACAAGCAUUUCUGCUCUGCCUGCAAACCCCCAGGCACUUUUUGUUCAUGGCUCAAAAGAUGGUGCUUCUUUAUGUAAACCACACGUUUACAGAGUGCACCUAGAAGCAUUUGUCUACUGUGUCCCACCAGAGGCUCUUUGAUUCAUGCCAACUGGAAAACUCGCCAUUUUGUAAAAGUUUAGAUUAAUUUAUUCAGUUUCAGUUUGGACUGUUUUUACAUAUUUGUCCUCUUCAGUUUGUCCUGAUAACGUGUACUAUCUAUUCUUGUCACCUUUUGGGGAGAAGUUGCAUUUCUGGAAGUGAUGAGACAGGGAGAGGGCAUUGGGAAGAGAGAAGCCACAAUUUUGAAACGCUCUGUGUUAAACUUUGUAACUGCAUUUGAUCCCAAAUCAAGAUGAAUGUAUGCAAGGGAUGUACAUAAAUUAUUUUUGUCCAUGCCUAGACUAGUGCUACGUAAUAGUGUUUUGGUUUUGUUUUUUUAUUUUGUUUAAUGACAAAAUAAUCUCUUAAUACAUUGAAAUUGAGCACAUGAGAUUUUAUGUUUGAAAGAUAAAGACACAGCAUGUAUUAUUAUGCACUUCAUUUCUCUGCUGUGUGGAGAAAGCAAUAAACAUUAUGAGAAUGUUAAACAUUAUGCAAAAGUAUACUUUUAAAUAUUUGUUUUAAAAUUACUGUACCUAGUUUUUUUUUGCAUUACUUUGUAACCUUUUUCUAUGCAAAAGUCUACAUGUCACUAAUUAAAUGAAGUCCUUUUUGACUAUUUUUAUGUGGAAGAUUUACUUUGCAGAAUGGAAAGUUGACAUGAAUUUUAAGUAAGGCCUUCCUUCACUAAUAAGUUAAGCCAUGGCUUUUCUUUUUCUCUUUCAAAGUCAUUUGAUAUAAUUCACAGCUUGCUUGAAAAUAGCAUUUAUCUGAGCUUGUAAAUCAAUUAAGCAUGGGUGGGUAUGACAUGAUUUGGAGGCAGGAAGUGAUCAGUUUCCUCUGCCCUUUAUUUUUAACCAUGGUUCUUGGAAAAGUGCAAAUACCAGAACUCCAAAUAAUAGUGCACCAAACAUAGGCUACUAAGCUAGAAUGUGUCACACAUUUUGUAACUCAAAAGCACUUGUAGAGUGUUUUUGAAACAUCACAUGCAUACAAGGUAGGCAUAUAUGUGCCUCUUGAUGAUAAAUCCUCUGUAUCUACCUCAAUGGAAAGUUUGUUAGAUGCUGUAGAAAUUAUGCAGAUAUUCCUCUUUCUUGAAUGAAGCCUAAAAGACACUAUUUCAGAGUUUCUAAAGCUAUUGGGCCAAACAUAUGAAAAGAAUAAAAAGUAAUGUUUUUAUUAUACAUAUCAAUUUUGCUCAAAGUUAUAUGAAAAAAGUGGGAGGCUUCUUAUAUUAUUUCAGUUUUGAAAAAUCAAGCAUGGUUUAUCUAAUUUCUUUUGUCUGUGAGUGGGUAAAAAAAAUGAGCAGAAACAGAUCAGCAUGUUCCUCCUGUCUGUGAACUCCAUGGUUAUUGUAUCUUCAGUUAGCUGUGCUGGAAUUAGGUAGCAAAUAAAAUGGAUUUAGUGCUAUUUGAAAUUUGCUUUUUAAUCAUGAUUUGUGGAUAGCAGGCAUAGAAAUAAUUUUUGUUUAGGAUCUCAUAGCUGAUUCUGUGCCUAUUGUAAUGUCAGCAUUCAAAGAAUUUCUUUUCGUUUUUUGGAAUGUAAACUGUUUUAGAGAUCAGGAAUUUCUUUCUUUUAAAAAUUGGAUUAAAUGUUUUAAGAUAAAUCCCCUUC